CGCGAGGAGAGCGGCCGCCGCCGCCGCCCCGCCGCCACCGGCAUCAUGAGCGUGGAGGCGUACGGGCCCAGCUCGCAGACGCUGACGUUCCUCGACACGGAGGAGGCCGAGCUGCUGGGCGCCGACACGCAGGGCUCCGAGUUCGAGUUCACCGACUUCACCUUGCCCAGCCAGACCCAGACGCCGCCCGGAGGGGGCUCCGGGGGCGGCGCCGGCGUGCCGGGCGCCCCGGGCGGAGGCGGCGGAGGAGUGGGGCCGGGCGGGCCGCCCUCCGUCGUCGCGCCGGGGCCGCUCGACGCCCAGGUGAAUGGGCCUGAUGGCAUCCUCCAGAAUGGGGCUGUGGAUGAUAAUGUGCCCAAGGCCAGCCAGCUCCUUGCAGAGCUCAAUUUUGAGGAAGACGAGGAAGAUACCUACUACACUAAGGACCUUCCUGUGCAUGCCUGCAGCUACUGCGGCAUUCAUGACCCCGCUUGUGUGGUUUACUGCAACACCAGCAAGAAGUGGUUCUGCAAUGGGCGUGGGAAUACAUCUGGCAGCCAUAUCGUGAACCAUCUUGUGCGAGCAAAGUGCAAAGAAGUGACCCUGCACAAGGACGGCCCUCUCGGCGAGACGGUCCUGGAGUGCUACAACUGCGGCUGCCGGAACGUGUUCCUGCUCGGCUUCAUCCCAGCCAAGGCGGACUCGGUGGUCGUCUUGCUGUGCAGGUUGUGCAGGCAGCCGUGUGCUAGUCAGAGCAGCUUGAAGGAUAUCAACUGGGACAGCUCGCAGUGGCAGCCUCUGAUCCAGGACCGCUGCUUCCUCUCCUGGCUGGUCAAAAUCCCGUCUGAGCAGGAGCAGCUGCGAGCGCGGCAGAUCACGGCGCAGCAGAUCAACAAGCUGGAGGAACUCUGGAAGGAGAACCCCUCUGCCACCCUCGAGGACUUGGAGAAGCCCGGUGUGGAUGAGGAGCCGCAGCACGUCCUCCUCAGAUACGAGGACGCGUAUCAGUACCAGAACAUCUUUGGGCCUCUGGUCAAACUCGAAGCCGACUAUGACAAGAAGCUGAAGGAGUCCCAGACCCAAGACAACAUCACCGUGAGGUGGGACCUGGGCUUGAACAAGAAAAGAAUCGCCUACUUCACCUUGCCAAAGACUGAUUCAGAUAUGCGCCUGAUGCAGGGCGAUGAGAUCUGCCUGCGCUACAAGGGGGACUUGGCCCCACUCUGGAAAGGCAUCGGCCAUGUUAUUAAAGUUCCUGAUAAUUAUGGUGACGAAAUCGCGAUCGAGCUGAGGAGCAGCGUCGGUGCCCCUGUGGAAGUGACCCAUAAUUUUCAAGUGGACUUCGUGUGGAAGUCCACGUCCUUCGACAGAAUGCAGAGUGCCCUCAAAACCUUUGCUGUGGACGAAACCUCUGUGUCCGGCUACAUCUAUCACAAGCUUCUGGGUCAUGAGGUGGAGGAUGUGGUUAUCAAAUGCCAGCUGCCAAAGCGCUUUACGGCACAAGGACUUCCUGACCUCAACCAUUCUCAGGUGUAUGCCGUGAAGACUGUCCUGCAGCGUCCCUUGAGCCUCAUCCAGGGUCCCCCUGGGACAGGCAAGACCGUGACGUCGGCCACCAUUGUGUACCAUUUGGCCAGGCAAGGAAAUGGGCCUGUACUGGUCUGCGCCCCGAGCAACAUAGCUGUGGACCAGCUGACCGAGAAGAUACACCAGACGGGGCUGAAGGUGGUGCGCCUCUGUGCGAAGAGCCGCGAGGCCAUCGACUCUCCUGUCUCGUUCCUGGCGCUGCACAACCAGAUCCGGAAUAUGGACAGUAUGCCAGAGCUGCAGAAGCUGCAGCAGCUGAAAGACGAGACGGGGGAGCUGUCGUCUGCAGAUGAAAAGCGCUACCGGGCACUGAAACGGACAGCUGAGCGGGAGCUGCUGAUGAACGCUGAUGUCAUUUGCUGCACGUGCGUGGGAGCCGGCGAUCCAAGGCUCGCGAAAAUGCAGUUCCGCUCCAUUCUGAUAGACGAGAGCACGCAGGCCACUGAGCCAGAAUGCAUGGUGCCCGUGGUCCUUGGGGCAAAGCAGCUGAUCCUCGUGGGCGACCACUGCCAGCUCGGCCCGGUGGUGAUGUGCAAGAAGGCGGCCAAGGCAGGCCUGUCCCAGUCCCUCUUUGAACGGCUCGUGGUGCUCGGAAUCCGGCCCAUCCGCCUGCAAGUGCAGUACCGCAUGCACCCGGCCCUGAGCGCCUUUCCUUCCAACAUCUUCUACGAAGGCUCUCUGCAGAACGGCGUCACUGCAGCGGACCGUGUGAAGAAGGGGUUUGACUUCCAGUGGCCCCAGCCAGACAAGCCCAUGUUUUUCUAUGUGACCCAGGGGCAAGAAGAAAUCGCCAGCUCCGGCACUUCUUACUUGAACAGAACGGAGGCUGCAAACGUAGAGAAGAUCACCACCAAGCUGCUGAAGGCAGGUGCCAAACCGGACCAGAUCGGCAUCAUCACGCCCUACGAGGGGCAGCGCUCCUACCUUGUGCAGUACAUGCAGUUCAGCGGCUCCCUGCACACCAAGCUCUACCAGGAAGUGGAAAUCGCCAGUGUCGACGCUUUCCAAGGGCGAGAGAAAGACUUCAUUAUCCUGUCCUGCGUCAGAGCCAACGAACACCAGGGAAUCGGCUUUCUGAACGACCCCCGCCGUCUCAACGUGGCGCUCACGAGAGCAAGGUAUGGCGUCAUCAUUGUCGGGAACCCGAAGGCCCUCUCCAAGCAGCCCCUCUGGAAUCACCUCCUGAACUACUACAAGGAGCAGAAGGUGCUGGUGGAGGGGCCGCUGAACAACCUCCGCGAGAGCCUCAUGCAGUUCAGCAAGCCUCGGAAGCUCGUCAACACGAUCAACCCCGGGGCCCGGUUCAUGACGACUGCCAUGUACGAUGCCCGCGAAGCGAUUAUCCCCGGGUCGGUGUAUGACCGGAGCAGCCAAGGCCGGCCCUCCAACAUGUACUUCCAGACCCACGAUCAGAUCGGCAUGAUCAGCGCUGGGCCGAGCCACGUGGCCGCCAUGAACAUCCCCAUCCCGUUCAACCUGGUGAUGCCCCCCAUGCCGCCCCCCGGGUAUUUCGGGCAAGCCAACGGGCCGGCUGCCGGACGCGGGAACCUGAAAAGCAAGACCGGCCGCGGCGGGCGCCAGAAGAACCGCUUUGGGCUCCCAGGGGCGAGCCAGUCCAAUCUGCCCAACAGCCAGGCCAGCCAAGACGUGGUCUCCCAGCCUUUCUCUCAGGGCCCACUGACGCAGGGCUAUAUCUCCAUGAGCCAGCCCUCCCAGAUGAGCCAGCCGGGCCUGUCCCAGCCAGAGCUGUCGCAGGAUAGUUACCUUGGUGAUGAGUUUAAGUCUCAGAUCGACGUGGCCCUGUCGCAGGAUUCGACUUACCAGGGAGAGCGCGCAUAUCAACACGGAGUGACGGGGCUGUCACAGUAUUAGGGCGUUGAAGGAGACGAGCUAAGCUUGUGUGGAGCUUAGUUCAACAGCAUUUUAUUCUGGGUAAUAAAAAUAAAAUAAAAUGGAUACCUGUUUUCCACUGCUAAAACUGAAGCAACUCUGUGAGAGCAACAGGAGAGAGAGGUAGAAAAGAGAGAGAAACCAACGGAGAGGAGGAGGAAGAGAGCACGAGAGAGAGAGAGCAAGAGCGAGCGAGAGGGAGCCCACUGCUAGCUCACUGAGACAAGGAGACUGACUGGAGAUGGGAAGAGAGCACCGGAGGACCGACUGGCACCUCGCUGUUGGGGAGCCCACUCGCCCCGGAAGAGCUGAGUGGUCAGCGGAGUCCCCUGCCGCCCCUCCCGCCGUCAACCUACACACUUGAGAGAGAGAAAGAGAGGGAGAGAGAGAGAGAGAAGGCCUUAGAAACAAGAUGCACGUCAUUCUGUUCUUCUUGUUGCGAGCAGGGCAGGAAGAGAAAAAAAACCCAUCUCAGAGUUCUUUGGGUACAGGUCUCUUUGUUUUUCGUUCCUCCUUUCUUGUUUUCCUAAAAGUGGCAUCUGUUGGCAUAUUUAGGAGCAAGGGCAUCGUCCCAGUGCAAAAGCCUCCUACCUAGUGGGAGGCCCAGCUGGCUGGUACCCAACUCUGAGAUGUGCGGUUUUGCUGUCCAGCUUCAAGCCUUGCGUGUGCCGUCACCUGCUUUCUGAAUGGGCUUGCGACCAGGUGGGGUGGUUUUUUCCUUUUUAAAAAGAGAGAUUCUUUCAAAGAAGCACGGGAUAUUUUUUUAGAAGUUUGUCUCUUAAAUUUUAGUAGUGGACCUGGGGGUGGGGAGGGGGGAGAGGGAAUCCUUGUUCCGAGAAGCUUAAAAAUUAUAUAUAUAAAAAAUUUUAAAUUAGAGCACCAAUCUUUUAAAGAUCUUUUCAGUGUGAUUUCAGUCAACUGGCCUCUUCUUCGGAGGGAGGUCAGUGAGUGAGUUGGAGCAUUGUGGAGGUGGGGCAGAGCGGCUCCGCUUCGGUCAGCUGCUGCCUGGCUCAGCUCUGUGAGGGUAGGUCCUUUUUUUUUCCCUUUCCUGUAAGGCAUCCCACGUGCUUCACAAAAGAGACACGGGGCAUCUGCGCCCUUCAGCCCCCAAGGAAAAUGGAUGCUGGGCUUGGGCUGCUCUUCGUGAGACACGGGGAAAACAGUAGUGGAAACUGGGGAUUAUAUUGGUUUUGAAGUAAUGAAUUUAAGAGGCAGGUUGGCUAGUGGGGGCUGGGGCGAGAAACAGGCGUGUUCAGGAAGGUGGCCGCUGACGGGGAUGUAAUUCCUGGAGCAGGGCACAUUUUGGGGUGGGGCCAUGGCUUUCCUUGGGACGUGGGGGAAUGAAUUGAAGUUUGCACCAAGCAGGAGAUGGUGCUGGGGGGCCAUCCUCCCCACCACCAGUUGACCCGGUUUAGGAAAAGAACCCCCACCCCCCACCUUGACUGUGCUUGGCAGCAGGAGCAUUUGUGUCUGCACAAAAAACCUUCUCGGUGGGGAAACACAAAACUGCUCCCUCUUUUUCUGCCCCCAGCUAUCUGGUAGGUGUGCUAACGCCUUUCGAGAAUUCACCAGCUUCCUAGAACUGGUUUUUAAAAGCUUAUGAUAAGUUAGCCUUUCCUGAUUAAAGGGCUCUAAGCAUUUGUUUUAACUUUCCGUGUGUUGAGGAACUCAUGGUAACUUUCAUGAAUGUACUUAAGAGACCCCCCCAUGCUUUUUUUAGGAAAUCUGCCCCUUCUCUCCUGCCCUGCCGCCCCCCCACUGCUGUUCCCCAAGAAGCACACCCGACCUCUUUUGCCCCUCCCCGAAUCCACCAGCUGCAGACUUGGGAGGGGAGUAGCACACGCCACGAGAACCUCGGGGCUGUUCUCAUUAACCGGAAAAGAAACAUUUCCAGAGUUUUGACUUCUACCAGGUGUAAGGAAAAGAGGAUGCAGGCCACCUUCCUGCCUGAACAAUGAACUCGUAUUUAUUCAGACCGCCGGAGGGCUGCUCCUCAACUUAACUCGACCCCCAACCCUUUGGGUAGGCUGUGUGGCUGCAUAGACGUUUGAGCUAGACUUUACAUGCUAACCCUUUUUGUGCAGUGCGAUCCCUGGAGUAAUGUAGCCCCCCCCCCCCCGCCCCCCCUGCCCUCCCCCCCCCCCCCCGCAUAUUUCACUAGGUAACACCACUUGCCUCUGCUUUUGUGCUGAGUUAUUUUUCAACCCUUUGUAGCAGUUACAUGAUUUGAGUUUUUCUAAUAAAGCCAACUGAAACAUCAAGUGCUAGCACAAUGUUAAGACUUUUGAUUUUUUUUUUCCUGUCUCUGUUUCAAAAUCUGUUUGUCAUCCAGUUAAUAAAAGAGCUCUUGCAUUCA